UUGCUCUUGUCCUAGGUUCCUGUUUUUAAGGGUCCUUGGUUUAAGGGUCUCUCUCCGUGUCCCCGGUGGUUUCCAUUAUCAUCGUCCUCAUUCAUCUGUACCAUUUUCCCUACAACAACUCAUCCAAACGGGGCAGGAACAAGGGGAAUGAAACCAUUUUAAGGGUGCCAACACGCCACAGGAGAGAAAAAGAGAACACUACAAAGGAAAAGCUUGAUAUCAUUCCAUUCCACCCUUCUCACUCUCUCUCUCUCUCUCACUCUAGCCCUGCUUUUGCCUUCCUGCUCUCGUGACGCCUCCUUCUCUUGGGAAGGUUUAUGCCGGUCUCUAUUUUAGUCCUUCAGGUUUCGAGUCUAGCGUCGUUUGGCUCUCCGUCUCUUCGAAGUGGGUGCUCCUAAGUUGUGCUUCUCGUGGCUCUCAAGGUUCAAGCUCACGCCUUUCCCUUGGAUUUCCAACACUCCGAGCAUUUCCAUCUUGUCCAGCUUCAUGCGAGGCUUGGUAGUGUGGUUCAACACUUGGGAGCUUUAACGGAAGAAUUUGAAGUAAAAGAGUGUUUCUUUCUGUCCACUCCCAACUGGCAAAACUCAAAACACUAAACGCAUGGAGCGAGUUUCAAGAAAUGGGGAGGCUUCUCAGCUGCUAGAUUUCGUAGCAAAGGAGGGAGAGUGGCUCAUGAAGAGACUCCAAGAGCAAAGACGUGGCCCUACUCCUCCAGAGGACAAGGCGCUGGAGCUCAAGCUCGGCCCCCCUGGUGAUGAAGACCGGUCCAAGAAAGACUUCACCAUGAAGUACAAAUUAGAAAAGGACGAGUCUCUUCUCUCUCUUGGCUACUUCAACGGUGGAAAUCAAGCUCAAGCACAGAACCUUGCUCCAUAUCUCCAGCUCUCACCCUCAAUCUUUCGGACCCAAUUGCCUGUUUUGGCAAAGGAUAAAUCCUCUGAAACGGUGGACUUGCAGAACAAUAAUGAUGCUGCAGAGAAAAAGAGAGCAUUUUUACCAGCUUCUGCUGCUGCAACUACAGCUGUGCCCAACAGCUCUCAGAAAAGGACUGCUCCAGCUCCAGUUGUUGGGUGGCCGCCACUGCGAAUGUUCCGGAAAAAUCUCACUAGCAGCGAUGGCCAUGGAAAACCAGCCCCCAAGACUCAUCAGAACAUGCUCUCGAGCAAAAUAGUCAGUGAAAAGCCUGCUGAAAGUAGUGGAAAAGGCUUGUUCGUGAAGAUGAACAUGGACGGUGUCCCCAUUGGCCGGAAAGUGGAUCUCAAUGCCUAUGACAGUUAUGAAAAACUGUCCGCUGCUGUCGAUGAACUCUUCCGAGGCCUUCUUGCAGCACAAAGAGAUUCCUCUGGCUGUGAUAUCAAGAGCACACAGGAAGAAGAGAAGCCGAUUACAGGUUUACUUGACGGAAGAGGGGAAUAUACUCUGGUUUAUGAGGACUACGAAGGAGACAGGAUGCUUGUUGGCGACGUCCCUUGGCAUAUGUUCAUAUCCACGGUGAAGAGGCUGCGUGUUCUGAAGAGCUCUGAGAUUUCUGUGCUCAGUGCCGGUGGACAGAAGCAAGACAAGAUGUCGUCGGAUUCUGCAAUGCAAUGAGCGGACUCUAUCCCUCGCACGAAGGAGGGAUCUAGUUCAGAUUGGUACUUAACAUUGAACUGCAUAUAACGAUCGAUGGAGUAUCAUCAAUAUCCUUAUCUUAUCUUACUGCUUGUAAUUCUACACUUUUUGUGAGGACGAAUUCGAUUGUGUCUAAACACUUCUCAUGUUCCUCGGCCUCACGUAAGCAAUGCAAUUUUUUUUCCAGAGCCGCAAACUUGGGUGUCGCGCCCAAGGCCAGUAGAUCUUUUCCCCUUCUGGAGCUGCUGCUGUGUUGGUUAUGUAAAGAAGAAAAUGGAUUUCUCUAUGGAAGGCCUAAUGAUGUUUUAAGAGAUU